AUGGCAGCUAUCACAGAUCUCUCCUUUAUGUAUCGAUGGUUCAAGAACUGCAAUCUGGUCCGCAACCUCUCAGACAAGUAUGUCUUCAUCACAGGCUGUGACUCGGGCUUCGGAAACCUGCUGGCCAGGCAGCUGGUUGAUCGGGGCAUGCGGGUGCUGGCUGCUUGCUUCACUGAGCAAGGGGCCCAGAAGCUUCAGCAGGAUACUUCUUACCGGCUGCAGACCACCCUAUUGGAUGUCACCAAGACCGAGAGUAUAAAGGCAGCGGCCCAGUGGGUGAGGGACCAAGUGGGUGAGCAAGGCCUCUGGGCCUUGGUGAACAAUGCAGGUAUAGGCCUGCCCAGUGGGCCCAAUGAAUGGCUGACGAAGGAGGACUUUGUGAAGGUGAUCAAUGUGAACCUGGUGGGACUGAUCGAAGUGACCCUCCACAUGCUGCCCAUGGUCAAAAAAGCCCGGGGCAGGAUUGUCAACAUGUCCAGCUCUGGUGGUCGUGUGGCUGUCAUUGGUGGUGGUUACUGUGUCUCCAAGUUUGGCGUCGAGGCCUUUUCUGACAGCAUCAGGCGUGAGCUCCACUACUUUGGGGUGAAAGUCAGCAUCAUUGAACCAGGGAACUAUCGAACAUCCAUCCUGGGCAAGGAGGACAUGGCAUCUCGCAUGCGAAAGUUGUGGGAGCGGCUGCCUCAGGAGACCCGGGACAGCUAUGGGGAGGACUACUUCCGCAUAUAUACUGAGAAGUUAAAAAACAUGAUGCAAUUGGCAGAGCCAAGGAUCAGAGAUGUCACCAACAGCAUGGAGCAUGCCGUUGUUUCACGGAGCCCCCGUAUCCGCUACAACCCUGGCCUGGAUGCCAAACUCCUCUACAUCCCAUUGGCUAAGUUGCCCACUCCUGUGACAGAUUUCAUCCUGAGCCGGUACCUUCCCAGGCCAGCAGACAGUGUCUGA